AUAAAAUAAACACCAUACCCUUUUUAUUUUCAUUUGUUUUUUCUCUCGCUUGAGAUAAUAUCAACGAAGCAGAAGUGGAGAUUGUGCGAUAAACAAAAAUGGUAUUGAAAAGUCUUCUUCUCCUAGUUUUGGCAGCGUAUUGUCAGGCUGCAAGUUCACGAGUUGAAAAAAACGUUUGUUUCAAGAUUUAUUCUGCUCGAUAUGGCUACGUAGCGCAUUAUGGUAUUUAUGCUGAUCUUGAUUUGCUGGAGUUUUCCUUUUACAAACCCGCUGUUGUAUUCAAAUUUCUUCCAAAUGGUAUGCUUCAAGAGAUGUCGACCAAGAAAUGUGUACAUAGGUUAAGCAACGGAAAUAGGCAGUUGGUACUUACAUAUGAUUGUUCUAAGGCGAGCAUGUUUCCAGUUGAUAUCUGGAAAUACAAUUCUGUCAAGAAGUGGCUAAUAGAUGUCACAUGCCCUGGUUUGGUAUGCUGGAGCCCAUGGGCUAAUCAUAUACCACCUUAUGACAUCAAGAUAUUGGCAGGUCUUUCUCCAUGCGAUGUAUGGAAUCAAGUGAAUUUGGUCUUAGUUUCCUGCACUGCCGGCUCGCCAGACGAACUCAAAAACCAGAAGUAUUACAUGAAGAAAUAUAAAAGCAUGAACGCUAAAUGAAAUAGUAAGCAGACAAGAUAUAUGUAAAACAAUUCUAGGAUUUUAAUAAAAAGUGGAUUUUUCUAUCUAA